AUGAGAAAGAUGGCUUUGGAAGUGGAGCACUUGAAAAACGUGAUCCACGGCAACAGCUUCCAGGUGAUCCACGGCAACAGCUUCCAGGUGAUCCACGGCAACAGCUUCCAGGUGAUCCACGUCAACAGCUUCCAGGUGAUCCACGGCAACAGCUUCCAGGUGAUCCUUCUCAACAGCUUCCAGGUGAUCCACGGCAACAGCUUCCAGGUGAUCCACGUCAACAGCUUCCAGGUGAUCCGCGUCAACAGCUUCCAGGUGAUCCUUCUCAACAGCUUCCAGGUGAUCCUUCUCAACAGCUUCCAGGUGAUCCGCGUACACAGCUUCCAGGUGAUCCGCGUACACAGCUUCCAGGUGAUCCGCGUCAACAGCUUCCAGGUGAUCCUUCUCAACAGCUUCCAGGUGAUCAUAAUGUCCAGUCCCGUGGUGAUUCUGGGACAGGAUUCCCGAGUCAUACGCAGCUUCCGAAGGCAGCAAGUGAGUCCGUAA